AUGCAACGUGCUCCCGCGAAUGGGGGCCAAGAAGAUGUUCAGGCGGCGGUGGAGCCCACCGCGGCAGAGCGGCUUGAUCAUGUUGGUAAGCUGCUCGCCGAAAAGAGGCCCUGGCCCGCCUUUCUGCAAAUCGGAGCUCGAGCCAACGAAGAGUGGGAGGCUUGCCCCACCCCCGUCCAGGAGGCUCUUGCAUGGAUGGCGACAACUACAGUCGGGGUGCUCGAUACUGCGAGCGUUGGACCCUUGGUGCCUGUGUGCCAGGCAUUCAAGGCGCUAAUCGAGGCUGCCGAACGUGCAGCCGAUGGCCAGGACAAGCUAAAGGGACUGAUAUCUCGGUGCGCGUUCCUCACCACCGUCUUGAUUCAACACGACCGAGCGGUUGGUCGCCUCGCUCAGGUGCAGAAGCCCAUGAAAGACUUCGUCGCCACAACCAACAAACUGGCGGAAUUUACGGCGAAGUGGACCAAGGGCGGCAAGCGUAGGGUAUUUUUUUUGCCACCGCAUUGACCUAAAGAUCCUCACCCAUCCUCCCGAGGAGGAUCUGCGCAGCAUCAGGGAUGACAUCACCUUGGUGGGCGGGCUGGAACAUCACCAGCUUUUGUUGGCCAUGCAUCGCGAUUUGCGCCCUCAAACGUUGCCGGGCAUGGCCUCAGUACCUCGAGGCGCGAUCUCCCUGACCGGUGCUUACAUUUCGCGGCCUUCGUUGCUCGGGAGCGCCAUUAGUUACCUCACGAACACGACCCUGGGCGACGCGCCCUGUGUGCUGACCGGCAUGGCCGGAGGAGGAAAGUCCGUCCUGGCGUCCGCAGUUUCAAGUAGAUUUUCCGUGGUUUGUUUGGACCAUCCUUCCAUGGGGAAUGUGUGUCGUAAUAGUCGUGAGGCAAUGUGGUGAAAAUACAGCCACGCGUAAGAUCUACGUGUUUCCAGUUGCUUAAAACACCUUCCUCAAGGAGCAAAACUGGACCGAGGAAGAGUAUUACUUCGUAGAUAAGAUUUCCACCAGAGAACGCCAUGCAGGACCGGUCGGCGCGUUUCCUCGAGUACGGGGCGUUUGGUGGCGCGCGAGUUCUCCAACGGAGAGGUCACGCCGCACGCACGUUGGAACCUCCGAAUGUUCAAGUCCCAGACUCUCGUCGGCGCUCCGGAACACCUCCUCGCUAUCCAGAAGCAGGUCAGCCACAAGGGCGGUAGGUGUAGAGCUGUUCUUGUUCUCGGGGUUUGUCAAAACAGAGCGGGUGAUGUCCUAACAAUGUGCACGUAUUCGGGGGGGGGGGUGCUCGUGGAAAGCUUUCCCGAAAGCGGCACCUGUCGGCGCCUAGCUUUGCUCCCGUAGUCGCACGGCUGUGCGGAAAACAAGAGGUACUGCCCCGCGAAUGCCCCAGGCGGCAUGGAGCAUAUUCCACCCCGAACAGGGUUGUACACAAGUAGCUGAUGCCCCCCCCGGCCAAGUUUUGAGGCCGUGCCGUCGUGACCCAGUUAUGCAUUCUAUGUCCUCCCCUGAUAUCUACAGGGAUAUGAUUCUUGCAGCAGCAUUUAAACAGUGACCUAUCUCAAGUGUAGAUCCGAGGCCAACGGUCCGAAGACUGCAGAGCAAAGCCCUCCCCCCCCUCCUCUCAUUCCUGCGUUUUUCGCGUGCAAGGGCCGGGCGGCUACCACUACGAAGCGGGCAAAAAGGGUGCGGCUAGACACUACGAGGGAAUGGUGGGCAACCCUGACAACGUUCAAAGGAUAUAAUUAGAGUGCACCGUAGGCCGGACGCGCGG